CCGCUUAAAGCUCCACUCGGUUUCACCAGCGCUUCAACUUACUGCAGAUGCAUAACUGUUAAUUUGCAAAAGUGCAUGGUGGAUUUCUUCUGUAUAGAGCCGGAGUCUCCAGUAAAGUAGUCCGUGAAGUUCUCGAGGCUGCAUCACAUGACAAAACCCAGAGAAACUCACCAAGGCGCAACUAUUGCUCUCUCUCUCUGCAGUUGACUCCACAGCCUAAACUGAGCUGUCAUCGGCGUCGCUGCGAGGUUUAUCAGCUGGGUUCCAUGCAUGGGGCCGACGUCAGAGAGAGCUGGUGGUGACCUCGUGUGACGCCGACACGCUGACACAGACACUCACUUCAGGGCCAUGAGCAUGGCACUGGCCUGGCUCCAGUCACAAGUGCCCCGUGCCAACAAGACCAGUAUCACCAGCAUCAACCAUCCAGACACUCCCAGCAAAGGUUGCUGAACAAGACUGUGUGAGGAGCCAUGUUGUCUGGUAGUUGGCGGCGCUCUGCGGGGCACCAGCAGCCGGCUGCAGCGCCUGUGGUGACCAGCAUAGGGGCCACAGUGUGUGGGGUGCCCAGUGGUACGGUGGUUCUUGAGGCUCAGUAUGACUACAACUACCGAGGUGCAGACGGGAGGCAGGUCUGCAUACGAGAGGGCGAACGCUUCAUUCUCUUGAAGAAGACCAACUCUGACUGGUGGCAGGUGAGGAGGAUCGGGGCGGCGAGUAAAACCAAACCACUGUAUGUACCCGCCACGUAUGUGACGGAGGUGCCCAUUGCGCCCAUGCCCUCACCACAGCGCCUGGUCAUGUCUGCCUCGCUGAACUCCAACCUCAGGGUACUGCCAAGGGUGUCACUCACUCCCAGCCCAACAGGACCUGCCCAAAAUGAACGUCACCAAGUGAACAAACCCUUCUGCCGCUCGAUGGAAAACCUCCACUCCAACAGUGCCUUCCGAGGGCUGGACCACAGCAUCAGUUUGGGCGGAGGUCGCUUCCCCACCCUGCCCCUCUCUGGAUCCACCUUCUCAUCAAACUCUCUCACAUCCCCUUCUGGCCACCUCAUGGUCCCUGGGUCUGCCGUAGCCUCUGUGGUCCACACAGCACCGUCAUCCCCCAGGGUGCUCCCCACUAUCACCAGAAGUCAGAGCUCCAGUAACCUGCCUGAGAGCCUGCCGGAGAACCCGUAUGAUGAAGUGGGUGGUGGAGUCCGGGGGCGCAGUGGCCACAGGAUCCCUAAGAAGUCUUGCAGCCAGUGGGACAUGGCGGAGGCUUCUUGCAGGAAUAACCAUCUGCAGGUCCCAACAGAGUCUUAUCUGUCCCAGCUGUCCUGGCAGGACUCUCCCCUCUACACCGAGCUCCAGUCGGCGAAGCGGCCAUCGCAGUCAGAGCCGCCCAGGCCUGCCUCAGGACAGCAGCCUCUUCAGAUCAUGGACCUUUGGGAGCAGUACUCAGACCCAGACACAGGCAGGCUAUACUACAUCAACAGCAUCACCAAGGAGAGGUCCUGGAAACCUCCUCGCCGAGCCCGGGAUCACACCUCCAGCAAGGCCAGUGCUGCACAGCCCCAAACGUUACCCAGGGAAACCAGCCAUCUGUCGCUCCCACUUCCUGACGCUGGCAGCGGAACUAAGCACAGGCUUUCACCAGAUUUCAUCUUUGGGAGCCACCAGAGGAAUGCAGGCCGUAGCUGGGAGAUGAAACAGAGCAUGCAGCGUGCCGCCUCCUCUGAUGGGCUGAGCCCGGUGGCGUUAAGCAACGCCAAUACCCAGUGCUACAACUCUGCCCACCUGCAUGACAGCAAGCAGCAGCUCAGCCACUCCCAGUCCCUGAUUCUGCCUGAGAAUGGCAAGCUGGUCCAGCAGGGCAGAGAUUGUUCCUAUAAUGUGACCAACAUCGUGGUGGAGCCUCCCUCUCCUCAGAGCUCGCCUGACAGUGACGGCUGCACACCGGAGCUGGAGAAGGCUGGUCUCCUGAACAAGACCAAGAUAGCAGAGGGAGGCCGAAAACUGAGGAAAAACUGGAACCCAUCCUGGGUGGUGUUGGUAGGGAACAGCCUGGUUUUCUUUAAGGAUCCUAAAUCACAGACACCUGCCAGCUGGAAACCAGGAAACAGUCGUCCUGAGAGCAGUGUGGAUCUGAGAGGAGCACAGCUACACUGGGCCAACGAGCUGUCCAGCAAGAAGAACGUCUUCAAGCUGAGGACCGUGACAGGCAACGAGUUUCUGCUGCAGUCGGAGACAGACUCUCUGAUCAGAGAGUGGUACAACACCAUCCAGAACGUCAUUGACAGGCUGGACCGUGAGAACCCUUUGGACAACGUCCUGCUGUACUCUCUGAGGAGGGCGGGCAGCGUGGAGAUGCUGGACCACAGUGGAGACGAAGACGACAGAUGCAAAACAUCACUCCCUCGUUCAGCAUCCAACCUGGAGAACACGGAGAGGAAGAGAGUGAAGAGCCGGCUGAAGAAGCUGAUCCUGAAAAGACCCCCCAUCCAGGCCCUGCAGGAGAAGGGACUCAUCAAAGAUCAGGUGUUUGGCUGUCGUCUGGAGAUGCUGUGCGAGAGAGAGAGGAGCACUGUCCCCCGCUUUGUGAGGCUGUGCACCGAGGCGGUGGAGAGGAGAGGUCUGGAGACUGACGGCAUCUACAGAGUGUCAGGGAACCUGGCUGUGAUUCAGAAACUGCGCUUCAUGGUGAACCACGAGCGAGCGGUGACUACUGAUGGCCGCUACAUGUUCCCGGCGGAGUUGGUACAAGAGGAGAAGCUGAACUUAGACCAGAGUGAGUGGGAGGACAUUCACGUCAUCACUGGAGCUCUGAAACUUUUCUUCCGUGAACUUCCUGAACCCCUGGUGCCCUAUGGCUUCUUCACUGACAUCGUGGAGACAGUCAAGAUGACCGACUACAUGGACAAAGUGGACCGUCUGAAGUGUCUUGUGCUCAACAUGCCUCCGCCCAACCACGACACGCUGCAGUUCAUGUGCCGCCAUCUCCUACGGGUGCUGGAACAUUCGGACGCCAACCGGAUGACCACCCAGAACAUCGGCAUCGUGUUCGGCCCGACCCUGAUGCGCCCAGAGCGGGACAACGGCAACAUGGCCGUGAACAUGGUUUACCAGAACCAGGCAGUGGAGCUCAUCCUCAGUGAGUUUGACCACAUCUUUGGAACGAGAGGCCCCUCCUGAUCUUUCGGACACGGGGCUCAAAGUCGCCCUUGGAGUCAGACAAAAGCACAAGUAUUGGAACACUCGUCAUAUGGUGUCAAAUGGAUUUCACAUCAAAAGAUAAUUACGGGGUAAAAAAAAAAAAAAAAAAAAAAAUCAGCAGCUAAUCAUGACAUCUGGCCUUCAUAUAAAACCAUCUUAAAAUAAUAACAGUAAAACAAGGCAAUUUUAUAGCUGUAGCUGCAAUACUUGUGCCUUUGACUGUAGAGGUAGAAACCGGCCCCCGGUCCCGGUGUUGCCGUCGUGGCCACUGGCGGGACGGAUGCUUCCUUGUAGCUUUUCCUUGAUGUUGUCUCUGAUCAAACUUGAUAGGGUACCGGCGUAGAUGAGUGAUUGUUUCAAGGAGCACAAAGAAAGAUGUGUCCGGUGUAGCAUUCAAAUGCAACUUUCAGCUGAACCAUCUCACUGUGAAACAUACCAGCACCUCUCGCAGCAGGGACACAAAUGCACAAAGGGGAGAAUGGGGGGGACUCGUGCAAACGCAAGGACGGGCCUAUCGCAACUGCGAUGUUCACAUUGAAAUCAAUUAUGCAAACCCGCAGGAAGCAAGCUAUGCGUGUAGUUAUGUCGUGUUUUGUUAUAGUAGUGUUUGUCACUGAAGACUGGGGAGAAGUGGUAGGCCGGAGAGCUCCUCAAAGACAAGAGGAUUAUUUUAGUGACGAGAGGCCAACAUGGUGGCAAAGUUCUGAAUAGUAUGUGGACCUUUGGAGCUUCCCUUGUUGUACAACAUCGGAAUCCUCUUCUAUUUUUACUAGUGCAGACAGAUUAAGUUAAAAAAUACGAUGCUGUAAAUAUGUUAAAUACUAUCUUUGUCAACUAGUAGCACUUUGCAUUCAGCGUGUGUCCUAAACAGACAGAGUGAUAUGCAGUAAUAGCCAAACUCGGAUGCUUUGAAAAGAUGAACUAUGUAUCAUAAGAUUAUUCCAUGAGCCUGAUUGUUAACUUUCCUGCAAUAAACAAAAAUGUGAACAAAACCGAUUUGGGCGUUUUCUGUGUGAUAGUUGGCCACGCUCUGAGCUGGUCUGGAUCUGGUGGGUUGUUUGUACUAAGCGACGGGUUGCGUGAGAGAUAGUAGAAGUGUGGAGGUAUGUGGGCCUCGGAGACUCAGCGGGCGGAGACAUCCCCUGUGAUUGGUGCAAAUGCUGCUUUUAAUAACAGAACAAAAGAGGAACUGGAAAUGCAUAUGUUUAAAAAAUGUGGAUUUUCCCCAAACCCUCGCUCUCUCUCGCUCUCUGUGGCUUUGGUAAUUUUAUAUUGACUGUGGGUUUGGCAAAAGACAAAAAAGAGCAAAGAAAGAAGCACGGGAGAGAGAAAAAAAAAAUUAAGUGCUCAUAGAUUUGUGAAGUUUUAUUAGAUGUAUUUAUUUGUUUUAAUGUUCAUAUUAUUUCAAGUCAUCUGUGGGGCGUGUGGGGAGGAGGAAGGGCAAAAAAUAUUGUGUUAGGAAAGUGUAUCUGAGCAUUUGAUCAUGGGAACACUUUUUAUUUCAUGGUGUUUCUCUGCAUUUCCAGGGUCACCCUUACAUUUGAUUGCCACGUAAUAUUCUCUGCCAAAAUAGACAACCACAUUUGUUUUGAUUUAAAUGUAUGUAUGCAUAGUAAUAUAUACACAGGGUUUGACUGGUAUCAGAGUCAAUGUAUACAUUUAUACCUAAGUCAGUAAUAAAAUUUCUCAGUUUAUUUUCCCAUCCUCUUUCUUGUCUUUUGACAGCCUUGUGCCCCAGCACCUAACUUUUUAUGGUAGAUUGAAUGUUCCCAAUCACUAUAUUAUGCAAAGGAAAGGUUGCAGAGCGAGUCUGGUGUCUUUACUCGCAGUGUAACACGCUGAAACCAUUAAACAAUUCAAUAUUUCAGAAACGCUUGCUAUUUUGUAUAUUACUGUAAUUAUGUACUAUUAUGUUUUGUUCUCUUUCCAAAAUCCUGAAACUGAAGAGAUUUAUGUAUCAAUAAAAACCCAAUGGCAUAAAACUCUUGACGACA